AUGCAGAGCUCGACGUUCACCGUGGCACCGCACGUGUUAGAGCAGGCGUACAAGGCUAUCCGGAAGACGCCGCCGGAGCCCAAAGACUUGGAGCAGUCGGCCAAAUUGCAAAGUUUCAUGGACGAGCACUUUCCGACUGAAUCGGCUGCCAACAUCACGCGUCGCUCAUUAAUCCUGGCCGAGCUUCGCUCUAUCUUUCGUUCCUGGGUCAAACAAAUUUGUAUUGAAAGGGGUGUUCCAGAGGAAAUGGCAGCAGAUGCAGGCGGUCAAAUCCUAGUCUCAGGGUCCUACAGACUGGAAGUGACCGAGGCGACAGAAGUGAUCACGGAGACAAUCGAAGUGACCGAUAAGCCUGAGGUGACGACCGAAAGGACCACAACGGAUACGACUGUGAUCGUAGAGGAAGAUGAUGUGGUGAAGGACAAGAAGUCCAAGUCAAAGAGGCACCGAAAGUCAAAACACCUGAUGGAUCAAAAAGAUGUGAUUGUUUCGUGCGAUAAAGCGAACCGGGUUGGCGUUGAUGCUAAACCCUUGGUUGCGCUUCUAAAUUGUGAUGAGCUGUUUGAUGAUGAUAUUCAGACUGGCGAGAUCAAUACCUUUACUGUAGGGUCGAUUGGUAAUGAAACAACGAAUACUUUUGAUAAGGAUGGCGCUGUUAUCGCCAAAAUCAAGACCGAUAUGUUUAGCACGACGAAGGCGAAUAGUAGCAAAAACAUCAAAACAAUUCGCAAAACGAUCCCCGCGGUAGCUAGAUCAAGUGGUGGGAAGAUGCGUACAAUUGAUGUUGAAACAAUGACAAGGACAAAUAUAUUGUCAGGUGAUAGGCACACCGAGGUGAAGACAGAUACUUCUGGUUUUACUGGCGAGGUUGAGAGUACGCCAAGCGCGAACACCGCCAAGUCGAAUGUGAAAUUGAUUAGCUUUUCGACUGAUCGCAAGUCAAACCAGGAUAAUGCUGUUGACGUUACAGCUAAGACCGAGGCAUCUUGCACCACAGAAGACAAGGAAAAGUUUAUCACCUUCGGUGGUAAAUUGACUAGUGCGAUUGAGGUGCAGACGAUAACAGUAAAGAGUUCAUCGACAGCCGAGACGAGUACGACAGUGAAGACAGAUUCACAUGAAAAUGCUGAAAACAAUUUGGAUUUCAUCACUAUUUCUGCCGUUGUCGGUACUGAAGGGACCAAGCGCAGCCUAUAUAAUUCGAGUGUGGAAGAAAGACUGGCUUUGACAGCUACACAACGUACUGGAAUGGGGUCUGCUUUGUACAACAUGAAGCGUCGGCGUCUUGUCAAAACAUGGCUUCCUCAGUUCGUUUCUUAUGUUCAACGUCGCGGCCGCAGUUUGUCAAAGACUAUGCCAAGAAAGGAGCUGCUAAAUUUUGCUCGGGACUUCUGCGACCUAAACUUUGCAAAUUUUGAGGACGGCUUCUUCACCUCUGGCACGUAUGAAGAAAAGCGAGCGACAUGGACAAUUGCACGCUCGCUAUCUUUCCAUUACCCAGGUGUUGCUGUUCAGCAACUAGGCCUUGGUUUUGGAAAAUUCCGCCGUACGUUGCUGAUUGACGAAGUCUGCCGCACUCACAAGAGGUCAGACGGUACCCCAUUAAUUGAAGUAGAGUUCGUUCUGUCAGCACUUCAAGUUGUGCCUAAAAAGUGUGCAUACUACGAAGAUGUGCUAAUCUUAGAGAAUGGUGAAGUGUUGUUUCACGGUACAGGAGAAUCUCUAAUCACGUAUUUUCUGGAGCUUGGCUUUUUGUGUCCUCCAAACGUCAACGUGGCCGACUACUUGCUGCACUUAAACGAGACGCAACAGAUGUACCACCAAGUUACAAUGAUACAAGGAUUUAACAAUCAACGCCAGUUGCGCCGCAGCCGCAUGUUCUCUGGAUUGAUAAAGUAUUCGGACGACAUGGUGCUUAUCACUGGCUGCUUGGGCGCUUGCAAUUCGUCGCGAACGAGCACUCCUGUUGGAAGUCCACUGCGCAACAGCUCAACCAUUAGACUAAGCACAUCGUAUUCGCCUAUUCGGCGACAACUGAAGGUUCGCGGGUCCUCGCAGUUCGGAUCCCUGAUGCAUUCUUCUACGGGGUUCAUGCCACCCCAAAUGAAAAUCACGGCCUACUCCAAUUCCAACGUGGAUUUGAAUUUGUCUGAGUACAGCGGCUUUGCGUCGUCUUUGGGUGCCAAAGUGGUUCGCGAUGUGCCCAAAACAACCGUCAGCUCACAGUCAGCUAGCUCCGAUACUGGCGAAAAUUUUGUCGACAGAGAUCUCUCUGUGCUCACGACUGAGACCGAAAUACCUCCUGUAACUGUACCCGCGUAUCCAAAUCGCCAGUCUACAAAACGCGGUUCUAGAUUUUCCUCCACAUGA